AUGAGCUAUCAACAAUCGCAUCACGGGUCGGACGAGGACGAUGAGUCCGAGAACGAGGAGUCGACGAGUGCUGUGGAGAGCGUGGAAGGCAGCGUGGAAGAUUCUUCGUCGUCAAGCGAAUCGGAGACGGACGGAGACCAGGACAUGGAAAAUUGCGAGGACAUCGAGGUCGACGAUCGCAAGGGUGCCGAUGUCCUGCUCAAUAUACAUGACCAGCUCGACCUUGACAAGCUUCAGGAGAUGAAGAGGUUCUUCAUUGCUGACGAUGACACUUCGGGGGCGUACGCGGAGCUCGAUAUGAAGCAAUUCAGCGACGCGCUGAGGUCAGUUCUGCCCGAUAUCGAGGACCUGACGGAUGAAGACCUCGGGCUACUCUUCAUGAAGAUCGACGCCAACGGUAGCGGGGACGUCGAUUGGGAUGAGUUCACCGGCUUCCUAUUGCAGCUGGAUGAGGGCAAUCGCAACAUGGCGGCGGCCGCACACAUGGUGGACCUAAAGCCGCUGCCCAGGAAUCAGCGGGCGGGGGCCGAUGAGCACGCAGGACAACACCGAGAUAUGAUCGAAAAGGUGAUCAACGUCGAACGGCCAGGCAUCAGUGCAUACCUGACUUGCGGCAGGGACGGCGCCAUCAAGUUCUGGAACAAGGGCACCUUUGCCCACUACCGUACUAUCCGGCAUCUCGACACAAUGAAGGCCGCCUACGAAAUCAUCAUCACGGGGGGUAAAGGCAGAGAGGUGGACGGGAACGGACGAAGAGUCUGCUCGGCGGAGGUGAACAGAGCCGUCAAAUCGAUGAAGUCUGCCUGGAUAUACGACAUCCAACAGGUAGUCUCGAUUUUUGGCUUCUUUGUGAGCAUGCUUAACCAAUUUAACUCCUGGGGCCUUCUCGCGUUCAAGCCGGACGCAGGCACCAGCGAGGAUCAUAUUUUUACGGUUAAGAAAUGCACGGUCGCGCUGUUGUUUGAACCUGCAACCGACGGCUACAUAAGCCCUUUUGGGGAUGAAUGA